AUGCCUCCAGCAUCUGCUUCUAAAGCCAAGAGAGAGGCUAAGAAGGCCGAAAGAGAUGCCAAGAAAGUCGCUGCCGGUAAGCCGGUGAGAAAGUCUAAGAAGGCCACUGAAAGUGAAGAUGUGGACGAAGCUGCCGCCAAAGAAAUUGCGCAGCUAAAAUUGCAACAGGAUGAACACGGUAUCUCCGACCGUGUCGUGACCGGUGUGCUAGACUCCCUUGAGACCUCUAGAGAUGUCAAACUUUCGUCUGUCUCGCUUCUUUUCCACGGUAAGGUGCUGAUCCAGGACUCGCAACUCGAACUCAACUACGGGCGUCACUAUGGUCUGCUAGGUGAGAACGGGUGCGGUAAGUCCACUUUCCUAAAGUCGCUCGCGACGAGAGAGUACCCAAUCCCUGAAAUGAUCGAUGUUUACCUGCUAGACGAGCCAGCCGAGCCCUCUGAGUACUCCGCUUUGGAGUAUGUCGUUAGAGAGGCUCAGAAUGAGCUUAAAAGACUUGAGGAUCUUGUCGAAAAGACCAUUCUAGACGAGGGUCCAGAAUCCGAUGUCUUGGAAGGUUUGUACGAAAGAAUGGACUCUUUGGAUCCAAGCACCUUCGAGAGUAGAGCCGCUGUUAUCUUGAUCGGUUUGGGGUUCAACUCUCAAACGAUCAACAAAAAGACCAAGGACAUGUCUGGUGGUUGGAAAAUGCGUGUUGCUCUUGCCAAGGCCCUUUUCGUCAAGCCAACACUUCUUUUGCUGGAUGACCCAACUGCACACUUGGAUUUGGAAGCUUGUGUUUGGUUAGAAGAAUAUCUGAAGCGUUUCGACAGAACCUUGGUCAUUGUUUCUCACUCCCAGGAUUUCCUGAACGGUGUAUGUACCAACAUGAUAGACAUGCGUUUGCAAGUCCUUACCGCUUACGGUGGUAAUUACGACUCCUACGUCAAGACACGUUCCGAAUUGGAGACAAAUCAAAUGAAACAAUACAACAAGCAACAGGAAGAAAUUGCCCAUAUCAAGAAAUUUAUCGCUUCUGCGGGUACCUACGCCAACCUGGUCAGACAAGCCAAAUCCAGGCAAAAGAUUCUAGACAAGAUGGAAGCUGAUGGCCUAAUACCUCCUGUUGUACCCGACAAGGUCUUUUCGUUCCGUUUCCCAGAAGUUGAGAGACUUCCACCACCAGUCUUGGCCUUCGAUGACAUUUCUUUUGCUUACGAUGGUAACCCCGAACACAACCUUUACGAAGAUUUGAGUUUCGGUGUUGACAUGGACUCCAGAAUUGCUCUUGUCGGUCCUAACGGUGUGGGUAAGUCCACUUUGCUAAAGCUUAUGACGGGUGACUUGAUGUGUCAAUCAGGCCGUGUUUCUCGUCACACUCAUGUCAAACUUGGCGUUUACUCUCAGCAUUCUCAAGAUCAACUUGACUUGACCAAGUCUCCACUAGAGUUUGUGCGUGACAAAUUCUCGAGCAUCUCUCAAGAUUACCAAUACUGGAGAGGUCAACUUGGUCGUUAUGGUUUGACGGGUGAAGGUCAAACUGCUCAAAUGGCCACUCUAUCUGAAGGGCAACGUUCUCGUGUUGUCUUCGCCCUACUAGCGCUUGAACAACCAAACAUUCUAUUGUUGGAUGAACCUACUAACGGUUUGGACAUCCCUACGAUUGAUUCCCUGGCUGAUGCUAUUAACGAUUUCAACGGUGGUGUCGUUGUUGUGUCGCACGACUUCAGACUGCUGGACAAGAUUGCAAAGGACAUUUUCGUUGUGGAAAACAAGACAGCUACGAGGUGGGAUGGCUCUAUUUUGCAAUACAAGAACAAGUUGGCGAAGAAUGUUGUUUUGUAG